AUGUUUAGCGCUGGAGGAAGCAUUGUGAAUAUACCAAGAUCUGAUCUUGCCAGAGCCCGAUUUCUUUUGCAGAUAUUGCAUGAGGUUGGUUUAGAAACCUUAGAAAUCCGAAACGACGAUCUGAUCCCCGGAGAUAUCAGCUCCACCCCGGAGUUAAGUACCGGACCGGAACAACUUCCCUCCGUCAAUUUUUCUUUUUCAUAUCUCGAAUCAGCCAGACACUGUUUAACGGCGAGAGUCUUGACCAACCACACAAAAUGGCAACAACCUCUCAACCCCCCUUCGGUUUACAUCCCAUCACAACCUGUCCACAUCUCGCAAAUUCGUUCCUCGUCGCCCACGAAUCCAGGUCUUGCGCCUCAUGAAAUUUCUUUCCUCCGUCUCCUAGAUGCAAUUACCAAUGGCUCUCAAAUGGAGAUCUCAUACACGGGAACUGUGCUUGUCUAUAAGCCCGGUUUGAUCACUGGCAGUACGGCCGGUACUGGAGCCAGCGGCGGCAUGAUCACUUACGAGCUUCCGUCAAACUGUAAUCGCGGUCUCAGUUAUUUCCUGAUUCCGCUAUGUCUGCUGGCUCCCUUCGCCAAAGCGCCCAUGAAGGUGCUCUUUACAGGACCCGGAGUGAUUACUUCCUCAACACCGACCGGAGAUAUGUCUGUCGACAGCGUUCGCACUGCGAUCCUCCCUCUGUACAACCAAUUCGGUAUCUUCAACAACAUUGAGCUCCGUAUCUUGAGACGAUCAAACACUGGUCCCAACGGCAGGGGUGGUGGCGGUGAAGUGCAACUUGUGUUUGGCCACCAGGUCCGUCUGCCGAAGACUCUGCACUUGAUGAACGCGGGCCGCAUCAAGCGCAUCCGUGGUGUUGUGUACUCGGUUGGUGUGUCUGGCUCGAACAACGCUCGCAUGAUUGAGACUGCCCGUGGUAUUCUAAACCCUCUCAGCCCUGAUACUUAUAUCUUCUCCGAUGUUGCGUCUGCGCCGUUGGUACCAGCUCCAGAUAAGACCAACCCCCAGGCAAAGAAGAAGAUCGGCCUUGGAUUUGGUUUGUCGUUGGUAGCGGAGUCUUCCACAGGGUGUCUCUUCUCGGCCGAUGUGGCUUCUCCGCCAUCGGGUGGUCAAGCUCCCGAGGAGGUUGGCAAGCAGUGUGCAUUCCAGCUUCUGGAAACGGUUGCCAAGGGAGGAUGUGUGGCUCCUGCGGCUGCGACAACCAUGUUCACUCUCAUGACCAUGGGCUCGGAGGAUGUUGGGCGGCUGCAGGUUGGCCGAGAGGUCAUUGCUGAUCCCAACGUGGUCCAGCUCGCUCGAGACCUGUCCAAAUUCGGUGCCCCCGGCUGGGGUAUCCGAGACGCACCCGACAAUGGCGAUGGAGAUGUGAUUGUCAGCAUUGUCGGCCGUGGAAUCGGUAACGUCGGCAGAAAGCUGCUCCGGACGGCUUUCGCACUUCAUUUCAAGUCUACCACCACUCUGAGGGCUUUGCCAAACAAUUCGGAAGUCUCACCUCAGCAGUUCACUCCUUCCCAGCAGACGGGACCACGUGGUAGUCCAUCAGAUGCCGUCGGCGUCACGGGCUUCUGGCCAUCUGUCCAGUGCGCGCCAGUGUACUCCAAGAAGCUCAAGACGUUUCAAGGCUUGACUGUCGAGCAUGAACUCGACUUGUCGCUCUAUCGCGACGAAGCCAUGUGA